AUGUGUAGCUAUGAAAUAGAAAAUAAUUGCACCCUUUACAUUUGCACAGAUAAUUAUGAAAUUCCUUCAAUUAGUGAAAUUCAAAAAAAAUUGGAGAGUCAGAAUGUUGAGAAAAAAAUUGAAGGAAUGGAAAAUUUGAUUUUUAAUAUAAUACAAGGUGAAUCAUAUGGGAACCUUUUGAUGUGUGUAAUCAGAUUUAUAGUUCCUCAUAAAGAUCAUAGAUUAAAAAAAAUGAGUCAUAUAUUUUUUGAAAUUGUUGAUAAAUGCAAUAAUGAUGGCAGCCUAAAAGAGGAAAUGAUAUUAGUAUGUAAUGCUUUAAGGAAUGAUAUUAUUUCUCCUAAUGAAUAUGUAAGAGGGUCUACUUUAAGAUUGUUAAGUAAAAUAAAAUAUUUAAAAAUAUUAGAUCCUUUAAUUGAAGCUAUUACAAAAAAUUUAACUCAUAGACAUAGUUACGUAAGAAAAAACGCAAUAAGUUGUAUUCAUACUAUCAUUAAAGAACAUGGAUUAGAUGUAGUGCCUAAUUCUGUUAAAGAAGUAGAAAAAAUGUUACUUCUUGAAACUGAUAUAUCUACUAAACGUAGUGCAUUAUCUAUGUUGACAGAUGUCGAUCCUGUAACUACUUUAAAAUAUAUUCUUUCUCUUAAUGACCAAUUAUAUGAUACUGCUGAUGUAAUAUUAUUAGAAGUUAUACAUCUAUUCAAAAAAUUAUAUAUUCCUCAUGUAUUUGAUGAUUCUUAUCUGUUAAUAAACGAUGAAGAUGAAGAAAAUGAGGAAGAAAAGGAGGAAAAUGGAUCCGAUGAAGAAGAGUUUUAUGAAAAUGGAGAUGAAGAAGAACAAGGUUUAGGAAUAAAAAGAAAAAAAAAAUUAAUAGAAAACGAAAGAAAUAUGGUUAUUAAUAAUAAAAAAAAUGACAUUUAUAAUUAUGAUAAUUUAAAUGAGAAAAAUAGUCCAUUAUAUAGUUUAAGUGAAGAUAUUCAAUUAAAAAAGAAAAAAUUAAAUGAAAAUGAUUAUAGUCAAUAUAAAAAUAAUGUUAUUAAAAUACUAUUAAAUAUGUUAAGUAAAAAUGUUAGUAAUAGUGUACUAUAUGAAGGAGCUUGUUGUCUUCUAUAUAUGAGUAAUUCUGUUUUAAGUAUAAAAACAGCUAGUGAAUGUUUUAUUAAGUUACUAAUUAAUCAACAUGAUAAUAAUAUUAAGUUAAUUGUUAUUGAUAAAUUAUAUUAUAUUAUGUGUAAAUGGAAACAUAUACUAGAAAAUUAUAUCAUGGACUUACUGAGGGCUUUAAGCUUUCCCUCGAGAGAUAUAAAAAUAAAAAUUUUAAAUUUAGUAUUACAUAUAUUAACAAAAAGAAAUGUACAUUUAGUUUUAAAUGUUUUAAAAAAAGAACUAUUAAAAUUAAAUGAUCAAAUCGUAUAUGCAAAAAAUCUAACUCAAAAAAAUAUGCAAAGUGGUACAAAUCAUCAAUUAAACAAUUUUAAAAAUAUGAAUGAUAUUUUUCAAAUAAAUAGUAUAACAACUAGUUAUCAAGAGGUGAACAAUUAUAAAAAAAUUUUAAUUAAAUCAUUGCAACAUAUAUGUAAUAUGUAUUCUAAUGAAUGCUUAAAUAUUGUUGAUUUACUACUAAUAUAUGUAAAUGACGAUGAAAAAGAAAUAAAUUAUGAAGCAGCUGUAUGCAUUAGAAAGCUAGCAAAUAAUAGAAUUUUUCAAAAUAAUAUUCUUCAGAAGAUAUUUGAUGCUAUUUUUGAUAUUAAAAAGUCAACUAUAUUAAGAAUUUUUUUCUGGGUAUUAGGACAAUAUAUGAAUAAUGAAAAUAUGAUUAUUGAUUUUAUGAACAAAUUAUAUGAAAAUUUAUCUUCAUUUUUAAAUAGUAAUAUUGAAUUAGAUAUUAUUAAUAAAAUACAAAACGAGAGAUAUAAAAAAAAUAAAAUGAUGAAUUUUAAUUUAUCAAGUUCAAAUAUUCAGACAAAAACUGUAAUAUUAGAAGAUGGUACUUAUGCUACUGAAGCUUUCUUAAAGAAUUAUAAUUUAUCUUCUAGUGAUGAUAAAGAUAAUUUACAUUCAUUUUCUUAUAAUCUAUUGUGUGAAAAUGAUGAUUUACUUUUAUGUGUUAUAUGUGUUUGCCUAACAAAAUUAUAUUUAAAAUUAUUAACAAAAGUGAAUGAUUCUUUUGAGUUUUUAAGUAGUUCCUUAAAUCAAUCAUCAAGUAGUUUUUCUAGAAAGUCUUCACACAAUUCGAAAGAGCUAAAUAAAACAACUCAAAAUAAUAAUUUAAUUGAUAAUAUAGAGAAUUCUAACAAUGAAUUUUUAAUUAAGCGUAUAAAUGAAUUUAGAAAUAAAUCUAUACAUAUACUAGCAAGUUUUAUAAAAUAUAUUGUACAGAAAAAUGCAAAAUGUGCAAUUAGUAUUUAUGAAAAUGAUAGCAAUGUUAUCAGAAUAAAUCAAUGCCUUAAAAUAUUUUUAAAAAUAACUAAUGGCAUGAAUAUUAUAGAUGAACAAACUCAAAAUUUAAUAAGAACUUUUUUGAACGGAGAUGAUUACUUUCAGAAAUUUUUAGAAAAAGAAGAAGAAAAAUAUUGCUGUAUAUAUGGUUCUACUUAUAAAAAUGUUAAAAAAAAAGAUCAAAUGAAUAAAGAAGCCUCAACAGAAUUAACUGAUUUAAACAAAAUUCCUAAUGAUAAGAUGUUAAUUGAACAAGAUAAAGCAAAUGUAGACGAUGAGAUUUAUUUCAGAGUAUUAAAAGAAAAAAAAAAUAUACUUAACAUGCUUGAUGAAGAAUCUGUUUCAGUUAAUGAAAAUUUAGAAAAACUUAAAUUAAAGUAUACAUUAAAUAAUGAUAUUUUAUUUGAAGAAAAUGAGUUUAAAUAUCCUUCAUUUAAGCAUAAUUACUCUUCCUUAUUUUUGGCCAAAUUAUAUAACUCUCAAAGGUUAACGGGAACAGAUGAUGAUAUAUUUGUUGAAGCAUUUCCAAUUAUUUCUAAUAUUAAUUUAAUUAUAGAAUUUUAUGUAUAUAAUCAAUCAGGAGUAUACUUGCAAAACAUAUACAUUAAUUUAUCAACUCAUGGAAACUUAAAACCUAUAGAUAAAAUCCCUGUAUUUAAUUUAUCUCCAAAUGAAAAACGAAAAUUCAAGAUAAGUGUAAAAGUACACACAACAGAAACAGGAAUUGUAUUUGGAUAUAUUUUUUAUGAAAAAAAAAAUGAUAGUAAUAAAAAUUACAUUGUAUUAAAUGAAUUGAAUGUUAACAUGACUGAUUAUAUAAAUGCCUCUUUUAUAUCUUCUCAUCUUUUUCGCAUAAUGUGGUCUGAAUUUGAAUGGGAAAAUAAAAUUAAUAUUAACACUUCUAUCAGAGAUGCAUUUGAGUUACUAAAGUUGAUUAUAAAAAAUACGAAUAUGACCAUAGUUGAGAAAUUUAUGCCUUUAGAGUAUUAUGAAUUGGAAACUAAAAAUAAGCCUGAACAGGCUAAUAUUAGUCCAAUUGAUGUGUAUAUAUCUUACAUUUCGACCUUAGAAGAUUUAAAAUGUUUGAUUAAUAACUCAGCUUUUUUUGCUGUUAAUUUAUUUUCUAGAAGCAUAUUUGGAGAGGAUUCUUUAGCCAACUUAUCUGUUCAAAAAAAUUCUGAUGGAAAAUUAUCAGGAAGUAUAAGAGUUCGAACUCUUAGCUUAGGAGACAAAAUAACACUUGUUCAAACAGGAAUAAAUACAGAAAUGUGA